AUGGAAUUCCUGUUAAAUUUAUUGUUACUGCGUGGGAAGGUUUUAACCACAGCAGCGGCCGAGACACUCCACGAAUAUAUCAAAAAAUGUAUGCACUUCAAGCGAAAAAUUUCGACCGAAUACAGCAACGCGACCCAAAUAAUCCCGUUUGAAAACAUGUUGGAGUUUAUCAACAACUCGAGCAAAUACACCUGUGAGGGAGACGUUGUGACGAACGAUCUCCGCUACUUGUACGAACACAUAAACCGGGUAAAGCAAGAAAAUGAGAAACAUACACAUACUGUUGCUUUGGUGCCGCAAACCGUUGAUAAAAAAUUGGAAGAGUUGCCGAAAAACCAAAAUUUGAACACAGUCCCUGAAUGGUUGCGCCGUGAACACACCAAAAUUAACGAGUUUAAAGUGAAAAGUCAGGAACACAUCAUUGACAACUUGCACGCAAUCCUCAAAUCGCAAGAGUUUCUCUUCAAGAAUAUCAUCAAACUGGUGAACAUCCUCGAGAAGGAUGCCCUCAUCAACUCAAACAGCGAAAAACUGGACAAAAUCAAGAGGAAACUUGUCGCAUGCACUGAUAUUUUGUCAAACGCAGCCACUUCGCAACAAUUCACAAGCCUCAUCAAUAAAAUAAUCGAAGAAGAGAUCACGCGUUGUAGAUUCAGGCACGGCGAAAGCAAAACCAGCGCUGAAAUUAACUUAAAAGUGCCGAAACCUGAGGGAAUCGAAGCUGCUUUGGACAUGUCGCACAAGAACAACGACAUCAGAAGAAUGAAGAAACAACUAGCUGAGAAAAUUGCAAAACCAAGCGUACAAAAUAAACAGAAUGAGCGUUUAAGGGGCCGUAUUAUUGACCUGGAAGUGAAAACAAACUCCGCCAAGUUACUAAAACGGGCGAGAUCCGAGCCAGUUUUGAACGAAAACCGAAAAUUGGAAACCAUCUGGAAGAAAACACAGAUUGAGAUUGAAGAAUCCAAAAAAGUGAUACAAGUCAAUGAAGACCGUUUCAAGAAAUUUGAAAACACACUUUGGCACACCUUAACAACCAUGAAAUUUUUGUCGCUGAAAAGUGAUUACGCAAAUAUGACUAAGUGUGCGUUCUAUAAUAAGAGACAGUUUGUGGCGACGGAAGCAACAAUUUCGAAAAAAGUCCAAGGAGAGGAAAAGUUCGGCAAGUUUGUUAAGAUAAGUAACUCCAUGUUCCACAUUACGGAAAAACGUCUGUCGUUUGAGGAGGGACAAUUAGAUGGUGUUGGGGACAGUGGAGGAGCAAAUAAUAAAAAGACAGAAGUGUCUAAAGACAAGAUUUUUCCAAAAAAAUCUGUUAGUAAUGCUCCACCCGUGCUUAUACAAAACCAGAAAAAAGACGAACAGGGCAAUAAUACCAUUAUUAAUGGCAAUGACAUCAAAAAAUUGGUUCAGAACCAUUCCGCAAAUGCCACUGUUGCGGUAGUUGUUGAAGGAGGUGACAAAAGUGUGAUCAAGUCUCGAGAAAUAGUACCAACGGAACGAGACAACAAACAAACUAACACAAUUAUUAGUGUUCAUAAUUUUAUUAAGAAAACAGCCGACGUUUCUAAAAAUGUUUCACCUUUAGAUGCGAUUAAGAAAGAUGAUCAGAAAACUAUUCUGCAGAAAGAAGGAAAAAGUGACGCUUUAAAUCCCAUUAUAACAGAAGAUGAGAGAAAAACUACUCCACAGAAAAAUCCACAAAAAACUGAGGAGCAUCAAAUUGUUAAUGAACCAAAAAUUGCUGUACCCGAAAAAAUAGAAAGAAUGAAUCAACAAACAACAGAUCAGCGUUUCGUACAGUCGUUAAGAAAUUCGGACUUGAAUAAGAAGCCUUGCAAAACAACUAGAAAUGUUAAAAUGAGGUUGAAUGUCAUCCUAAAAACGAAGGAUUCUUUGGGAUCAAAGCGCACUACAGCUCCACCUCCGUUAAUUAAGAGUUCUAAAAAAGAAUCGUUAGUUAACAAUGUUGGAGCAAACACAAAACUCCAAACUAUUGCCAGCGAUAAUUUAAAAUUGUGCACUUUGAACGCAGUUUGUCCUAAAAAAGCUAAAAACGGAAGCAAAAAAGUGUCCAUGCACGAAUUUAAAAGCGAGGCUGAUCUCAUCCGUAUGAACAAUAAAGCAUUUCAGGAACUAGAAACUACAAUUAAAACGGUUCAGAUUGUUAAACCAAAUGGAAAAACACAAAAUGUUAAGAAGCAGGAGAAAAAAAGUGUGUCUAGUGAAAAUUUGGCUUCGAUUAUGAAACAGCGGAAUGAUAUUAAACGCGAAAUGAAAUCCGAGGCGUCUUCGCGAGCUGGAGGUGAUGAGAAAAUAAGCCGCAAAAAUAAGCGUGAUUUGCAUACAGAAGUCAAGCAACUGCCUAAAGAAAAAUGUAAAACGUUUUUGAAAACUUCGAGGAUAAAAUCGUUCGUGAAACCAAACCCCAGUAAUCAACAAAUGCGCCGUACGACGAAAAAUGCGAUGAAGAGGCAGCAAGUUUUGACAAUUUUACCCAAAGUUGCGAAAGAAAUUAAAGAGAAAAAAAAGCCGCAAGUUCGUUUGGUUGAACCCGGGGAAAUAAAAACCGUGAAAAUGAAAGACAGUUAUUGCGUGUCCAAAAAGUCAAGUUACGUGAAAUUUUCUAAAAAAAUUUUGCCCAACAAAAAAAUUAAUCAGACGAGUUGGGAAGAAGAGGAUGGUUACAAGGUUGCCUCAGUGGUGGAAGACUAA